AUGGCUGCUAUUGAAGUUGAAUCUUAUCCUCGUCGGUCACCAAAGUAUUUGUCUGGUGAACCGUCUAGGAAAGUUAAACGGGAAUCAGACAAAGGAAUACUAGAACUUCUUCCAACACCCACUGAUGGAAUAAAAAACUAUUAUAUGAACAAGAUUGAUGAGCACCAGUUUAUUUACACCGAAAAGGUACUGAAUCUUCGAAGAUUAGAGGCUCAGCGAAAUGAGUUGAAUGCCAAAGUUCGAAUGCUUCGGGAAGAGCUGCAACUGUUGCAAGAACAGGGUUCAUUUGUUGGAGAAGUCAUUAAAGCAAUGGACAAGAAGAAAGUUCUUGUGAAGGUUCAGCCUGAGGGGAAAUAUGUUGUAGAUAUUGACAAAAAUAUUGAAAUGUCUCAGAUAUCACCGAAUUGUCGGGUCGCUUUACGUAGUGACAGUUACACGUUGCACAAGAUUCUGCCCAGCAAGGUGGACCCUCUAGUCUCACUAAUGAUGGUAGAAAAGGUCCCAGACUCCACCUAUGAAAUGAUUGGUGGUUUAGACAAGCAAAUUAAAGAAAUAAAAGAAGUUAUUGAACUACCUGUGAAACACCCUGAGCUUUUCGAUGCUCUGGGAAUAGCACAGCCUAAAGGUGUUUUGUUAUACGGACCUCCUGGUACAGGCAAGACUUUGUUGGCGCGUGCUGUUGCUCAUCAUACAGAAUGUACAUUCAUUCGUGUCAGUGGUUCCGAACUCGUCCAGAAAUUCAUUGGUGAAGGAGCGAGAAUGGUUCGCGAGUUAUUCGUCAUGGCACGAGAACAUGCACCCUCUAUUAUUUUCAUGGACGAAGUUGACUCAAUUGGAUCUACCAGAUUAGAAAGUGGCACAGGUGGUGACAGUGAAGUUCAGCGUACUAUGUUGGAGCUUCUCAAUCAGUUAGAUGGAUUUGAACCAAAACAGAACAUUAAGGUUAUCAUGGCCACCAAUCGUAUUGAUAUACUUGAUUCAGCGCUCCUGAGGCCUGGAAGAAUUGAUAGAAAAAUCGAAUUUCCUGCUCCAAAUGAGGAGGCUCGAUUAGACAUCCUAAAAAUACAUUCUCGGAAGAUGAACCUAACAAGAGACAUUGAUUUACGUAAACUAGCAGAAUCAAUGCCUGGUGCUAGUGGUGCAGAAGUUAAAGGAGUUUGUACAGAAGCCGGAAUGUAUGCUUUACGAGAACGCCGAGUUCAUGUUACUCAAGAAGACUUCGAGUUGGCUGUUGCUAAGGUAAUGCAAAAAGAUUCAGAGAGGAACGUAUCUAUCAAGAAACUAUGGAAAUAA